UACCACGACAACGCCCCAUUUUAGCUGCUUCUGUACCCCCACGCGACUUUGUAAACACAGAUAAGAACGUGAGUUUUUCUCGACACUGCCAGGAGACUGAAAUGUACGCACCGAAGGCCAUACGUCUGCUACUCACAGCACAAACGCAAUCCCUCCGCUUUUGACCACUCCUCUUAUAUCCCGUAGUUCUUGAAGUGUAAACAAGAAGCUCUGUUAAAGUGAAACUAAAGACCUUCAAUUCUUUAGGACGAUGGACCGUAAUACCUGGAAAUACGGAAUCACCCAGCGUAGAACUGAGCAGUGGGACACAAUCGAUCCACCUCGAGGAGGUCCCAGUUGCCAGCCGAAAAAUGCCGAAGCAUACAACUUCACAGCGUACGAAGUCAUCCAGGCGCCAUCGGCAAUGGAUUGGAGAGUCUGGCCGAGGUGUAACGACCGAAGGGAAUCCCAGCCAUAUCAGACUCUUAAAUACCCAUCCAAGAGUCACCCUGGUACUGGUGAUCAUAGGCAUGAGAAGAUGCGAGACACUGGUGAUCCCACACCUCCCUGCAAAAUGUUGCGGCGGUCGGACAGCCCAGACAAUAAAUACAGUGAUGGCACAGGACACAGCAAGGCGAAAACGGGCCAUGCACAUCGUGGUAGAGAGAGGGAUGGAGGGACCAGUUAUUCUCCACAAGAAAAUUCACACAAUCACAGUACUCUUCAUAGCUCAAAUUCACAUUCUUCUAAUCCAGGCAGUAAUCCAAGCAAAACAGAAGCACCUUAUGAACCAGCAGAUGAUUGGUCUGAACACAUCAGCUCGUCUGGGAAGAAAUACUACUAUAACUGCAGAACGGAGGUUUCACAAUGGGAGAAACCAAAAGAAUGGCUUGAAAGAGAGCAACGGCAGAAAGAAGGUACUACUAAGGUCGCAGUCAACAUUUUCCCCAAAGAUAGAGAUUACAGAAGAGAAGCCAUUCAGGCAACUGCCGCUAGUGGGUUUUCCAGUGGAAUGGAAGAGAAGCAUUCCAGUGAGGUCGGUAAUGCACAUCCUCAGAAUAUUUUGUCUCAGACAAGCAGACACAAUGACAGAGACUACAGAUUGCCGAGAGCAGAGACUCAGAGCAGUUCUGCCUCAUCACAGCACCCCAGCAAGCCAGUGGUUCAUCCUGCUGCUGUCACCCCAAGCACUCUUCCUUCUAGUCCUUUUACUCUCCAGCAUGGUCAUCAGCCAAAGAAGUCUUUUGCUGCAAAUGGAGCUGCUACUUUGUCGAAACUACCCACACCUACAUCCUCCACCCCUGUACAGAAAGCAGAAAGGAAAGAGUCUGCAACAGUGGACAAACCUUCUUCUCAUUCUUGUACUUCCCAGUCGUCUUCCUCCACCUCAGUUUUAAACCCUGCUGCUCAGCCACCUUCAGCAUCUACAGUUCCUGUUUCGCCUGUUCCACAGUCACCCGUUCCACCUUUACUUCAGGACCCAAAUCUCCUCAGACAGCUUCUACCUGCAUUACAAGCCACUUUGCAGCUUAAUAACGCAAAUGUUGACAUGUCAAAAAUUAAUGAAGUUCUUACAGCUGCUGUUACACAAGCUUCAUUACAGUCUAUGCUUCAUAAGAUUCUCACAGCUGGACCAUCUGCUUUCAACAUCACUACUUUGCUUUCCCAGGCUGCUCAGUUGUCUACACCAGCUCAGCAGUCUAACCAGUCCCCGAUGUCCUUAACAUCAGAUGCCUCUUCACCAAGGUCAUACGUAUCACCCAGGAUAAGCACACCACAAACAAACACAAUUCCCCUUAAGCCUAUGAUAAAUACGCCUCCAGUGUCAUCACAGCCAAAGGUUAGUACGCCAGUAGUGAAACAAGGACCAGCACCACAGCCAAUACCUCAGCAGCCUCUUCCUGCUGACAAGCAACAUGGGCAUGAACCAGCUUCACCACGCACUCUUCAGAGGUCAAGUCAGAGGAGUCCAUCACCCGGUGUAAAUCACAUCCCUAGCAACACUGUAUCUUCAGGUACUGCCUCUGUGUCACAAAGUGCAUCCGCAAGACCAACAUGUACAUUUACGCCAACGUUAGCAGCACACUUCAACGAAAAUCUUAUAAAGCAUGUUCAAGGCUGGCCUGCAGACCAUGCAGAGAAACAGGCUUCAAGAUUGCGCGAGGAAGCCCACAACAUGGGGAGCAUUCAUAUGUCUGAAAUUUGCACUGAACUAAAAAAUCUAAGAUCUUUAGUUCGAGUAUGUGAAAUUCAGGCAACGUUGCGUGAGCAAAGGAUACUCUUUUUGAGACAACAAAUUAAAGAACUUGAAAAAUUGAAGAAUCAGAAUUCCUUUAUGGUGUGAAAGCUUCAGAAAAUUGCACAAGGCUGGAACCCAGGAACUGUUAGUCCUUUUGCCCAGUCUUAACAUUUUUGAGCUGCAGUUUUUUUCGGCUUUGGACCGUUGGGCUGGGCAGGGAAUGUGUGACCAGGGAGGGGAACUGAUUCAGGGGAAGAUACAAGAUUUGUAAAAACCCUUGAAAUGUAGAUUUCUUGUAGAUGUAUCCUUCAUGUUGUAAAUAACGUUUUGUAGAGUGAAGCCAUGGGAAGCCAUGCGUCUCAGAGCUUUGACAUCCAAACUAAUCAAUGCUGAGGUGGCUAAACACUUUAACCUUUCACCUGAUAACUUGUCUGCAAAAUGUAGAUUUUAUCGAUAGAUCAGUGAGCCAUUGCUGCAAGAAUGUUGGAUGUGCAUGAUCAAUGGGUGAGGGAUAAACUGAAUUUAAAUUCAUGAAAGAAUGUUUAUUAAAUUAUAAAGAGAACAUUUUAUUUUUGCUUUUUUUUUUUUUGGAAUGGUCAGAAUUUCAGUGGAUUUCAAAUUCAGACGUGCAGAUUGAAGAUAGCUGGCCAGCCCCACCUUUUUAAAGAAAGCAUUAGUGUGCCAAGUAGCAAUGGUUCGAGGCUCCGUUUUCUUGUUCAUUGGUGCAGCAUUUCUUUCCUACAGAGACUACCAGUGCCUGAUGGAGUUCAUUCAGAGUUGACCGCACACAGGAGAAGUUUUAUUCGCAGUGCCCGUGUUCAAGGGGUACCUUGUUUUUGCAGUUACAGUUUUACAGUUCGCUGCAUACACUUUUCUCGUUACUGGGCAGACUGUUUGUUCUGUUCGUCGCCACACCUCUUCUCCCCUCUUUAAGGUUCUUUCCCAACUUUUACCAUCUUACCUGCUUCUGUUUUUUUUCCUUCUGUACAUUUUUAUUCAUGGAAAUUGUUUUGAAGACACCUUGGUUAAAGUUUUCAUUCCUAUGUACAGUUCCUAACAAAUAAAUAAAAAGCUGUAUUAAAAUUUGCAGUGAAAACUAGUAUAUCCAAUAUGUUGUAUACAUAAAUUAUUGCUACGUAUUUUCAUUUGCACCCUGUAAGGAUGGAAUAAAGUGCUCCUGAGACAUGCAUGUGCUUUGUGCACUCGUGAGCAGCCCAAGUAAAAACGAAGCAAUGUCAGUUAAUCUGGGGGAGGGGGACGAUUUCUCGAGGACGGAAGGUCGGAUCUGAAAUUGUAAUGUAAUAAAACAAAAAAAACAAAAAAAAAAAGAGCACUGGUUAUUUUAUUAUUUUAUUUUAUUAGCCACUGCAUUAUUGAAGUGUGGAAUGCUACAAGGGAGUAUUUUGAUUUAGGACGUCCUUGUUGAAGAUCCUUUCCGCUUGGUCAUUUUAAAGAUAUAUAAAUAUAUUUUUUUAAUAUUUUCUUUAUAUUUUUGGGGGGGAGGUGGGGUUCAUUAAGAUGUAUCAAAUAAGUACGAUUUUCAACAAGGAUUAGCUGGAACUCUCUCUCCCCUCUGAUUGACCGACCUGUGUUGAGUCGGAGUUUACUUGUCUUGCUAGGACCUUCCUUUUCGGAGGAUGUCUCUGUGUGUGUGUUGUUGCUAACUGUGCUGCACGUCCAGUGCUGGCUGCUGUUUUCUGCCAUCACAAUGCGCAAGUCUGUGUAUUUGGAGCGUGCCGCUGUUUGGUAAUGGUGGAAAAGCUCAGCUUUGUAUAUUGUUUCCUAAAGUAUAUUAAAAAAAAAUAAUAAUAAUAAUAAAACUAUGCUACCAAGGGA